AUGGCCAGCAACCUCAUCGUCCUUGGCGACGCCGAAAUCCGAGAUCUGCUCGUAUCUCUGUCGAAAGAAGAAGUGCUUCAGUUCAAGAAAGCUUUAGAAAACAUCCUCAUUGAAUUCUCUGUCAAAGGCGAAGGGAAAUACCAACCAACACCAGACUUUGUCAAUCGACCGAAUGGGCAAAAGACUCUCUUCCGCACAUUCACUUCCCCAGACUACGUAGGCACAAAGAUCGUGGUUACUCCAGCCCCAAUCAAGGACGCAGAUGGUAACACGGUAAACCGUCCUCUUGGUGGACUUUUGUCUUUGUGUGAUUCAGCGGGUGUGCCGACGGGUGUACUCAAUGCAGCUGAGCCCACAGGCUACCGGACGACACUCUCUGCUCUGAUCCCGUGGACUUGGAGAAAGGAUACCGAGAACAUUGUGAUCUUUGGAGCGGGGAAGCAAGGGCUUUGGCAUACUCGUCUUGCAUUAGCCCUCAGAGGUUCUGAGAUCAAGAAGAUCACUAUUGUGAAUCGUUCCGUUGGCCGUGCGAAGGAUUUGGUCAAGACAGUGACGGAGGAAAACAAAAAGUACUGGAAGUCUUCUGCUAGUCUGGAUGUUCUUGAUCCUACUCAAGCAGAUUACGACGAGGCUCUGGCAUCUCUUAUAUCGUCAGCGGACGCAGUAUUCUGCACAGUUGGUUCAACAAGUCCACUCUUCUCACUCAAGACCAUCCUGGGUGAUGAAACACGAAGUAGAUUGCCUUUCGUCGGCGCCAUAGGCUCAUGGCAAGCCGAUAUGAUCGAACUCGAUCCAGAAAUGCUUCGCCAUGCUGCCUCUCGCGACGACUCGUAUAGUCCUCGUGGUGGAGAGGGCAGUAUUCUUGUCGACGAUCUAGAAGAAGCAAUGGUCAAUUCAGGAGAAGUGAUACAGAGCGGUCUAAAGGGCGAGAGACUACUUCAGGUUGGAGAGAUCUUAGAUUGGCUUGAUGAGAAGUCUGAAAGGAAGCCUGAAGGGGGCAUUGGGAAGCUCAAGACGUGGAUUAGCGAGGGCUUCGUUGUGUACAAAGGCAUUGGCGUGAGUGUCACAGAUCUUGUAGCUGGGAACGCCAUCCUGGACCUUGCUAGGAAGAGAAAUGUUGGAACGGUCAUUUCCAACUUUUAG